UGGGCAUUGGAUACUGAAUAAUUUGUUGGGCAUCUCUCUUUGUAUUGCUUUUGUGAGCCAUGUUCGCCUUCCUAACAUUAAGAUAUGUGCAAUGCUCCUUGUCUGCUUGUUUGUGUAUGACAUAUUUUGGGUUUUCUAUUCCGAGAGAUUCUUUGGCGCAAACGUCAUGGUGUCUGUGGCAACUCAGCAAGCAUCCAAUCCUGUACACACAGUGGCUAAUAGUUUGAGCCUUCCAGGAUUGCGGUUGAUAACCAAAAAACUAGAGUUGCCUGUCAAGAUUGUGUUCCCAAGAAAUUUAUUGGGUGGGGUAGUGCCUGGAAAUGCUGCUACUGACUUCAUGAUGCUGGGUCUUGGUGACAUGGCUAUUCCCUCUAUGCUUUUAGCAUUAGUUUUCUGUUUUGACCAUAGAAAGAGCAGGGACUCUGGAAGCAUCUUGGAUAUACCACUUCCAAAGGAGGAUAUGUCAUCUCCGAAGGGGUUUAAGUACAUAUGGUAUGCCCUAUCAGGAUAUUCUGUUGGACUGGUUACUGCCUUAGCAGCUGGUAUUUUGACCCACUCGCCUCAACCAGCACUUCUAUACUUGGUACCAUCAACUUUGGGGCCCAUAAUUGUCAUUUCGUGGAUGAGAAAGGAGCUAGCGGAGCUAUGGGAAGGAUCACCGUCAAACUUAAGUGAGAAAACUCAUUUCACAGAAGUGUGAUCCCUUGCAUUCCUUGCAUGAAGUAUCAGCUUGGGAUGGCGCAGUGAAACCUGUAAAAUUAGAUAAUUCAGCCCCAUCUAUUACACAUUUACGGCAAUGCUGCCACUUUAAAGUCUUUUGGAUAUUUACAAGGCUGCCAACUGAGUCUUGAGAUAGUGACGAAUGUCGGACUUAUAUUUCAAUUACAAGUGUUAAUCUUUCUAUUAGUGAAGU